AUGCGUCCAUUACUGGAAAUACUUGUCAUAUUCCUCAUAUUCCUUGUUGCAGCUGCGGUACUCCAGCCUCAAACACCUCGCUUCCAUCAAACCCGUCAACUGACCAUCCAUAACCAGCAGGAAUCAGAAGCUCCGAUCGAUCCACUCUCUGCCCUCGAACUCGAUCUCCAGGGCUUCAUCCACGUCGCCGACGACGGCGUCGCGAGAUCCUACAGAGCAGACGGAACCGUGAUCGACUACGUGCCUUUGACCAACGAGCAACUACUACAGUUCAUUCCAAUGUACACCGACGACGAGGCAACCCAGAAAAAUUUCAAGGAAGUCUGGAAGGGCGUGAACGGACACGACGUGGUGGACAGAAAACAGAUCUUCGAGCCCGGUGCGGAUCUCUUGCCAUUCGAAUUCAGUCAUCCGGAUCUGUGGGCCGCGGACCUGGCCAAGUUUACGCCAAUCGAGUCAAAUCCGGCAACUGAGGCGCUCGAGGGUAGCCAGCCGUAUCGCCGGGGAAAACAGUGCACGACCUCGGGCGCGUGUCGCUACAUGGGCUGUCAUCGGUGUGCCUACGCUGAUGCGGCGAUGAGUCCUCGGUGGAAGAUCUGUUAUUGA